GGGGCCGCGCCGCCCGGCCCUGAUUUGCUGCGCGGCUCCGAGAUUGACAAACUCUCGCCUUGGCUUUAAAAGAAAAAAGGAGAGGGGGAGAGAGAGAGAGAGAAAGAAAGUUUUCGCUCCCGCAGCAAGCAGGGGAAGGGCCGAGCGCGGCGGAGCCCCCCGACAGCCCCAUGGCUUUAUAAAGCGGCUGCUCUCCGGGGGGGGGAGGCGGGGGGGUCUGAGCGGCUUUUCUUCGCUUUUUUUUUUUUUUCCGUUUCCCCUCCCUUUUCCCAGUUUUUUUCGGCGCUUGCCGAGCUGUCCCGAGCUGGUGCCCCUUUUUUUGCGGACCAUGGAUACGCACACGCGGUGGAAACGGCGAAGCUGGAUACGGCGCUGGCCGGUGCCCGCCGCGCUGCUGCUGCUGGGCGCCGCGUCCCUGGGCGGUGCAGCUGAGCCUGCAGAUCUCUUGAAGGUAUUAGAUUUUCAUAAUUUACCUGAUGGUAUAACAAAAACAACAGGGUUUUGCACAAGCAGAAGAUCUUCAAAAGAAGCAGAUGUUGCUUAUCGAGUAACAAAAGAUGCUCAACUUAGUGCACCAACAAAGCAGCUGUAUCCUGCUUCCCCAUUCCCAGAGGACUUCUCCAUUCUAACCACUGUAAAAGCGAAGAAAGGAGGUCAGUCCUUCUUGAUCUCAAUUUACAAUGAGCAAGGGAUCCAGCAAAUUGGUGUGGAGAUGGGUAGAUCUCCUGUAUUCCUGUAUGAAGACCAUACAGGAAAGCCAGGCCCAGAAGACUAUCCUCUCUUUAGAGGCAUUAACCUAGCAGAUGGCAAGUGGCACAGAGUAGCCAUCAGUGUGCAAAAGAAAAAUGUCACCUUAAUUUUGGACUGUAAAAAGAAGAUAACCAAGUUCUUGGACCGAAGCGACCACCCCAUCAUUGACGUCAAUGGCAUCAUUGUAUUUGGAACAAGGAUACUGGAUGAGGAAGUCUUUGAGGGCGACAUCCAGCAGCUCCUGAUCGUGGCCGACCCCAGAGCAGCCCACGAUUACUGCGAGCACUACAGCCCCGACUGCGACACCGCCAUCCCAGACUCCCCCCAGUCCCAGGACCCCAACCAGGACGAAUAUUACACUGAUGGGGAGGGAGAAAGUGAUACUUAUUACUAUGAAUACCCCUACUAUGAAGAUGUGGAUGAAUCUGUAAAGCCAGAAGCACCCACCACCAAACCUGGCACUGCUGAAGCGGCUGCUGGAGAGGGAACUGAAACCAAGCAGGACUACCCUGCCACCACACAACCACCCGAUGGAGUGGACGCUGGAAAGCAGCCGAAGGAGGAUGACACUGUAGAUGACCCCCUCGUGGAUGAGUACAACUAUGAAACCAUCAACGAAGAGUACUUCACACCUCUGCCUUACGAGGAUAUCAACUACAACGAAGAAUUGGAUCCCCAGGGUGGACUUACGGAAAAUGCCGUUGAAGCUGAACUCCCCACUAGUACAGUCAUCACCUACAACGAGACCGAUGCUGGUCAAGGAGGAGACGACCUGGACAAAGACUUCACCGAGGAAACGAUAAAAGAAUAUGAUGGGAAUUACUAUGAUAACUAUUAUGACCGGACAGCCUCCCCCGAUAUUGGGCCGGGAAUGCCUGCCAACCAGGACACCAUCUAUGAAGGGGUCGGUGGCCCACGGGGUGAGAAAGGACAGAAGGGGGAGCCUGCAAUUAUUGAACCGGGUAUGCUGGUUGAAGGCCCACCUGGUCCCGAAGGCCCAGCAGGCCUGCCAGGACCUCCAGGACCAACUGGACCUGUGGGCCUAAUGGGUGACCCUGGGGAGAGAGGACCACCAGGCCGCCCAGGUCUUCCAGGAGCAGAUGGUUUACCCGGCCCACCAGGGACAAUGCUUAUGUUGCCUUUCCGCUUUAGCGGAGGAGGAGAUGCUGGCUCGAAAGGACCUCUCGUUUCGGCACAGGAGGCCCAAGCCCAAGCCAUCCUGCAGCAGGCAAGGCUGGCGCUAAGAGGACCAGCAGGCCCAAUGGGUCUGACAGGACGGCCAGGCCCUGUGGGACCCCCAGGCAGUGGAGGACUAAAAGGCGAAGCAGGAGAUAUGGGACCACAGGGUCCGCGAGGCAUCCAAGGCCCUCCAGGCCCGGCAGGAAAACCAGGCCGCAGGGGACGAGCUGGCAGCGAUGGUGCCCGGGGAAUGCCAGGCCAGACAGGACCAAAGGGUGACCGAGGAUUUGAUGGCUUGGCUGGUUUGCCUGGUGAGAAGGGAAAUAGAGGUGAGCCUGGCCCGCACGGACCCCCAGGAGCACCUGGAGAGGAUGGUGAGAGGGGAGAUGAUGGAGAAGUUGGACCUAGAGGACUGCCUGGAGAACCUGGACCCCGAGGACUGCUGGGACCGAAAGGACCACCGGGUCCUCCAGGGCCACCGGGUGUGGCUGGUAUGGAUGGACAAACUGGUCCCAAGGGGAAUGUGGGUCCUCAGGGUGAGCCAGGUCCGCCAGGACAACAGGGUAAUCCAGGUGCUCAGGGUCUUCCAGGUCCACAAGGCCCAAUCGGUCCCCCAGGAGAGAAAGGGCCACUGGGCAAACCUGGUCUUCCUGGCAUGCCUGGUGCAGAUGGUCCUCCGGGUCAUCCUGGCAAGGAAGGUCCCCCUGGAGAGAAGGGGAGUCAGGGUCCACCAGGUCCUCAGGGCCCCAUUGGUUACCCAGGACCACGUGGAGUCAAGGGAGCAGAUGGUGUUCGUGGAUUGAAAGGCACCAAAGGUGAAAAGGGUGAAGAUGGUUUCCCUGGCUUCAAAGGUGAUAUGGGCAUCAAGGGAGACCGGGGUGAAAUUGGUCCUCCUGGCCCAAGAGGUGAGGAUGGUCCUGAAGGCCCCAAAGGUCGCUCUGGUCCCAAUGGAGAUCCCGGUCCUCUCGGUCCUGCUGGAGAAAAGGGAAAGCUCGGCGUUCCAGGAUUACCAGGUUACCCUGGAAGGCAAGGCCCAAAGGGUUCAAUUGGGUUCCCAGGAUUUCCAGGAGCCAACGGAGAGAAGGGUGCACGGGGGACACCUGGCAAACCAGGUCCAAGGGGGCAGCGCGGUCCAACGGGUCCACGUGGGGAAAGAGGCCCUAGGGGAAGCACUGGGAAACCUGGCCCAAAGGGCAACUCUGGUGGUGAUGGCCCCCCUGGUCCUCCUGGCGAAAGGGGACCACCAGGGCCUCAAGGACCAACUGGAUUUCCUGGACCAAAAGGCCCCCCUGGUCCUCCUGGAAAGGAUGGAUUGCCUGGUCACCCCGGACAGAGAGGAGAAACUGGUUUCCAAGGCAAGACAGGCCCUCCAGGCCCUCCUGGUGUCGUGGGCCCUCAGGGUCCGACCGGUGAGACUGGCCCAAUGGGUGAGCGGGGACAUCCAGGCCCUCCAGGUCCCCCUGGUGAACAAGGUCUUCCUGGCCUCACUGGAAAGGAAGGGACCAAGGGUGACCCUGGUCCUGCCGGUCUCCCAGGAAAGGAUGGUCCCCCGGGCUUGCGAGGCUUCCCUGGAGAGAGAGGACUCCCUGGCCCAAUUGGUGCUCCGGGACUGAAAGGCAACGAAGGUCCCCCUGGUCCCCCAGGUCCAGCAGGCUCUCCUGGCGAGCGAGGUCCCGCGGGUUCGGCUGGCCCAAUAGGCCUGCCAGGGCGACCCGGCCCACAGGGACCUCCGGGACCCGCAGGUGAAAAGGGAGCCCCGGGUGAGAAAGGUCCUCAAGGACCAGCUGGUCGGGAUGGCAUCCAGGGCCCGGUUGGACUCCCAGGGCCAGCAGGUCCUGUUGGGCCACCUGGAGAAGAUGGAGACAAGGGCGAGAUUGGGGAACCCGGCCAGAAGGGCAGCAAGGGCGACAAAGGGGAACAGGGUCCACCAGGUCCUACAGGACCACAGGGUCCAAUUGGUCAGCCAGGCCCAGCUGGUGCCGAUGGAGAGCCAGGUCCCAGAGGACAGCAAGGCCUCUUUGGUCAGAAAGGUGAUGAAGGACCCAGAGGUUUCCCUGGUCCCCCUGGCCCAGUGGGCUUGCAGGGCUUGCCUGGACCGCCUGGUGAGAAAGGAGAAACAGGGGAUGUUGGGCAAAUGGGCCCACCAGGCCCACCUGGACCCAGAGGUCCAUCUGGACCACCAGGAGCAGACGGUCCACAGGGUCCUCCUGGGGGAAUAGGAAAUCCUGGCGCAGUAGGAGAGAAGGGUGAACCUGGGGAAUCUGGUGAGCCUGGUCUUCCUGGGGAGGUUGGCCUCCCGGGUCCUAAAGGUGAAAGAGGUGAAAAAGGUGAAGCAGGUCCCUCAGGUGCUGCUGGUCCACCUGGCCCCAAAGGUCCCCCAGGUGAUGAUGGUCCCAAGGGCAGCCCUGGUCCAGUUGGUUUCCCUGGUGACCCUGGUCCUCCUGGAGAACCUGGUCCAGCUGGUCAAGAUGGUCCCCCUGGUGACAAAGGUGAUGACGGCGAACCUGGGCAGACUGGUUCCCCUGGUCCCACAGGAGAGCCAGGCCCCUCCGGACCGCCAGGAAAAAGGGGUCCCCCUGGUCCAGCCGGUCCCGAAGGAAGACAAGGAGAGAAAGGAGCCAAGGGUGAAGCUGGUUUGGAAGGGCCUCCUGGGAAGACAGGCCCACUUGGUCCCCAAGGUGCUCCUGGGAAACCCGGCCCCGAUGGCCUUCGAGGAAUUCCUGGUCCAGUUGGUGAACAAGGUCUCCCAGGCUCCCCUGGCCCAGACGGUCCUCCAGGCCCAAUGGGCCCACCUGGUUUGCCUGGUCUUAAAGGAGACUCUGGUCCCAAAGGUGAAAAGGGUCAUCCAGGUUUAAUUGGUCUUAUUGGACCGCCAGGUGAGCAGGGAGAAAAGGGUGACAGAGGUCUCCCAGGACCCCAAGGCUCAGCAGGCCCCAAAGGAGAGCAGGGUAUCACAGGUCCUUCUGGACCAAUUGGACCUCCAGGGCCACCAGGAUUACCGGGUCCACCUGGUCCCAAAGGUGCUAAAGGCUCAUCAGGUCCAACAGGUCCAAAGGGUGAAUCGGGUCUUCCUGGGCCCCCAGGACCUCCUGGUCCUCCUGGAGAAGUCAUCCAGCCCCUGCCCAUCCAGGCAUCCAAGAGGACCAGGCGAAACAUCGAUGCCAGCCAGCUGGUGGAUGACGGAAAUGCUGACAACUACAUGGACUAUGCAGAUGGCAUGGAGGAAAUUUUUGGCUCGCUGAAUUCCUUGAAACUGGAAAUUGAGCAAAUGAAGCAUCCAUUGGGCACUCAACAUAACCCAGCUCGUACCUGCAAGGACCUGCAGCUCUGUCACCCUGAUUUCCCAGAUGGUGAAUACUGGGUUGAUCCUAACCAAGGAUGUUCCAGGGACUCUUUCAAAGUUUACUGUAAUUUCACAGCUGGUGGAGAGACUUGCAUCUUCCCUGACAAGAAAUCUGAAGGAAGUAAAAUGGCUCGUUGGCCCAAAGAACAGCCUUCCACAUGGUAUAGUCAAUACAAGCGGGGGUCUUUGCUCUCCUACGUGGACUCGGACGGGAACCCCAUCGGCGUGGUGCAGAUGACUUUCCUGAGGCUCCUGAGCGCGUCGGCCCACCAGAACAUCACCUACAACUGCUACCAGUCCGUAGCCUGGCACGACGCCGCCACGGACAGCUACGACAAGGCCAUCCGCUUCCUGGGCUCCAACGACGAGGAGAUGUCCUACGACAACAACCCCUACAUCCGAGCCGCUGUCGACGGCUGCGCGGCAAAGAAAGGCUAUCAAAAGACUAUCCUGGAAAUCAACACGCCCAAAGUAGAGCAAGUACCUAUAGUCGACAUCAUGUUCAAUGACUUCGGAGAAGCGUCACAGAAAUUUGGAUUCGAGGUGGGACCAGCUUGCUUCUUGGGCUAAGAGCCACCUGAAAACUAGUCUCCAAAUGAGCAACCUCGUAACCUCAUUGCGCCAUUUAAUGAAUUAAAAAAAAAGAAAGAAAGAAAAUCCUUGUCACAUGCACGUUCUGAAACUGGACAGUGAUGGGUUAUUUUUUUUUCGUUUCGUUCCUCGUUUUGCCCGAGUUCUCCCGCGCCACCGCACCCACACGUACCGAAUCGCCGACUGAGAGAAGCGUUCCCGCGACGGACGGACGCAGAAUCGCAUGACCUGAGCGCAGCACGCGUGGCAGAGCCGCCCCACUCCCGGGCACCCUGCCUCCCCCGGCCCCCCGCGCGCGGCCACCGCACGGGCUCCACCGCCUCCGCCGGGGUAUCCGGAAACGGAAGCAGAGCAAAGACUUCUUCUUGCCGUGAAAUGACACCACGCGCUUGUUUAUAGGUUAUUUUUUUGUUUGUUUGUUAAACAGAAAAACUUGAAACUCCUGCGUUCAACUUGACGCUGAAAUCACGACAGCCCUGGCUCUAGUCCAAACCCUGCUGAAGUUCAUCAGAGUCGUUUUGUUGACUUCCACGAGAUUUGGAUCAGGCCUCGCAAGCAGAAGUAAUGGCCAUUUCCAGAGUUUUCAGUGCCUCCAUUUAAUUGCCUAAUCGCAUUUUCUACAAAAAUUAACCCCAUGAAUUUGACAGCAAAAAGUCACACUGGGCAUCUCCCUCCCAUGUAUUAAAGGUGCUUAUAUUUUUGUAUGUUUGUAAGUAAAUAUUUGUAUUGUAUAUUAUUUUAAAUGUUUUAAGUGUUUCUGGCUUCAAAACAUGCAUGUGACCCUGUCUGUAUUAAAACGACGACUCUCACUCACGUCCCACCUGGCACUGGGGACCGGUGCGCUCCUGCCGCCGCUUGCCCCCCCGUAACCGCAGCCUGCGGCGGAGGGGCUGCUCGCGGCUGUGCCCAAGCUCAGCCGAGGCACCAGCUCGGACGAGGGCCAGAGGAGCGGCAAGCCCACCCCAGAGCCACACGUGUCUUUUUGCAAUGAUUCGCUCCAAAGCAAUAAUAACACCACCGCUUUUUUAACAAGAUUUCUACCAAACCCUGAUUCAAAAACAGGAUCCAGUUUGAGUCUCUGCCUCUUUACACACUUGCCUGCCUCUAACAUACGCAGUUUAAAUUAACUUUUCCUGCCUUUUUUUUUCCUCAAAUGUUCUUCUAAAAUAAAAAAUACACAUCCAUUCCCAGUGGCAGAUUGGACUGGCAGGGGAAAUCCAUUUGUCCUAUCUUAAUAUAGUGUGCACUUAAUAUAAAGUGUAAAAAAGAAAAAAAAAAAGGUGCUCUUUGUUUUUACAUUUCUCUUUGUGGUGCUAUCUAUUUGAAUACCUGUAAUACAACACUGGCGAUACCCUGCCAUUGACCAAUCUCCCAGCAUCCUUCGCUUUAGCCACUUUCUACACAGACUGCAUGCCUCUGCUCCAGUCUUUGAUUAUAAAUGCAUGCCACCUUCAUAUUUGUUAUGUAGAAAACCUGCUCUUCUUAAUUGUAUUAUGGUAGCUUAUAUGGCCUGUGUAGAAAGUAUUAAAUGUGCUUUUUUUUUUUUUUUUUUGAAAGAAUAUUCGUGCAUUUUAUAUGGUGGUAACCAUACCAGAUUGUACUCAGUCGCUGAAUGUUUGUGGUGCUAAUUUAUGUAUUUGUUCCAUGUACUGAUGUGAGGAUGAAGCUGCCCGGUUGUCUGGCCCGCGCGUGCCUUCGGAGCAGCCCGGCUGCCCGGAGCGUGCAGUUUUCUUUGUCUUCCCACGGCGGCUGCCAGGACGGCUUUUUUCAUGCGGCAUUUUCGGAUCGCAGCCUCUGCCACCAGCUUCCCUUCUCCCCCUGCCCCUGGCCCUGUCCUCGUUUAGAUCUCUCGGCUGGAAAAUAAGAUAUUGCAGGGUUUUAUUUGGCCUGGAGUAUUACAGCGCACUUGAGCCCGGGGGUCUGUCACCGUAAUGGAAAUGACAUCACAUUUACUGUGAAUAGAAGCCUAUAUAUGAUGUCUUUUCCCGCGCUCCUUCCCGAGCGGAGAGCGGCUGCCGGGGCCGUCGGUCGGCCGGGCGCUGGAGGAGCGGCGAGGCCGCGCGGUGCUUCUCCCUCUCCGAGAGCCAGGUACAUCUGUCUCCCUUGUUGUGUCAUGUUCUGGUUUUUUAUGUUUUUUUUUCCCCCCUGCUUAGGAGGGAAAAAAAAAAAGGUGCUACCCUAAAAACUGCAGACUCCAGCAGCAAAGCAGUGAAAACAAGUGUAUAAUAUAUAUCAGGAUUCAGCUUCUGGUUCACCUGGGCAAGAGCCUGGUACGGAAACAGUGGGAAGGGCAGAAAAGGUUGCACAUCCCUGUCUGCCCCAGCAAAGCCAUAUCUCGAUGUAUGUACACACGUGCGAGUCCGUCUAGGUCAUGUGAUUCUGUUACCGUGAAUUUUCAUCAAGGGAGCUUUUUUCUUUUUUUUUUCCUUUUAUUUCUUUGCUUUAAGAAAAAAAAAACAUCCUCUGUUGACUUCCACAGUGUUGUAAUUGUACUGAAGUUCAAAACUGUUCCGAUUUCCCCAGACCACUUAGCUACGGUAUAUUGCAAUAAAAUUACUACUUGUAUUUGCA